UCGUUUAGAAGCCAGUUUGAGACAGCAGAGUGAGGACAGAGGACGCAGCAGCAUAGGAGCGAUUUUAUUCAGCAAGGAGCGGAGGACAGACUCUGCAGACCUGAGACCUGCUCUGGUUUCUGAUACUAGAAGAGGACGCGAUUUUAAAGAGGGACACUCACAAUAUGGUUUGGUCCCGGGAGAGAGAGUCCGAGCGGCCUCCGCUGUCCGUCAUCCUGCCGCGGCUCUAUCUCGGAGCGGAGAGGGACGUGACGCAGGAUGGGCUGGCCUCUCUAGGUAUUUCCUACGUGCUGAGUGUGAGCCGCUGCAGCCCACAGCCCUCCUUUCUGCCCCGCUCCAGAUAUCUUCGCAUCCCCAUUGACGACUCCCUGUGGGAUGACCUGCUGCCCUGGAUCCCUCAGGCUCUGCACUUCAUCGAUGCAGCCAUGUCUUCUGGUGCCUCUGUGUUGGUUCACUGUGCAGCAGGAAUCUCUCGCUCCCCGGCUCUGGCUGUAGCCUACAUCAUGUACAGCCUGGGAAUGGACCUGGACCAGGCCUACAGGUUUGUGAAAGACCGCCGGCCCUCCAUUUCCCCAAACUUCAACUUCCUGGGUCAGCUGCAGCACUUCCAGGGCACUCUGAGCCAGAAGGCCUCUGGUGGCGACCUCCUCGCCAGGCAGCUGGACAAUCGCCUGCCAUUCAUCGGUGACAGUGUUAACCACACUCACACCGGUCACAGCAUGAAUUAUCAGUCUGACAGUGUCACCAGUGGCUCAGUAGAGGUCAAACAGGCCCACACAGAUAAUUUCUACCACACAGAUAAAACACAGCAUAGACACUCGCAUUCAGAUCGAAACCAGCAGCUCUCCCUGUCAGGGAAACUCCGCUAUCUGCAUUUGACUCUCAAUCAAAACCAUCAGCAAGUCCAGAUGUUACGUGAGAUUCCAGCUCCAAGUCAAACCAGCUCAGAUUUGACUGGCUCUGAGCCAGUCAAACCAACAGCAAAGCCUGCACAGCUACAACUCCCAGUAGGCUCUGCUUCUCUACUGGAGAAACGCAAAAGCCUCACCCUCUCUUUGACCCCUCUGGGAAUCUGCCCUCCCUCCCAAGCAAGCACCAAGCAAGCAAAGGUCGCCUUCACAUCCAAGACUGUCCACAACAGGGAGAAGAGUAACACUGGGUCCUACAGGCAAGCAGAGGACACCCACGACCAACAAAGUCCCUCCCACAGCAAGUGCAGCAUGGCCGAGGUGAAGGAGCAGAGCCUGCUGUCGCCGUUCAGCUUCACCCUCAAUAAACUGCUGGGCUGGGGGGAGAGAGUGCUGCUGGGAGGGGUUUUUGUCCACCCUGUAAGGAUGGGACAGCCUGCAUUGCCAUAUAGGUGGGUGAAUGUGUAUAAGCGUUGCUUUCUUGAGGAAAGAGAAAAGAGGAAGCAGUUCCGCCCUCAGAAGCAGCCCGGAGGCCGCGGAGAAAAGAGCCGAAAGAAGAGAUAA